CUGACUGACUGACUGAGAGACUGACUGACUGACUGAGAGACUGACUGACUGACUGAGAGACUGACUGACUGAGACUGACUGACUGAUAGACUGACUGAUAGACUGACUGACUGAGAGACUGACUGACUGAGAGACUGACUGACUGAGAGACUGACUGACUGAGAGACUGACUGACUGAGACUGACUGACUGAUAGACUGACUGACUGAGAGACUGACUGACACACUGACUGACUGAGACUGACUGACUGACACACUGACUGACUGACUGACACACUGACUGACUGACUGAGACUGACUGACUGACACUGACUGACUGAGAGACUGACUGACUGACACACUGACUGACUGACACACUGACUGACUGACUGAGACUGACUGAGAGACUGACUGACUGACACACUGACUGACUGUGACUGACUGACUGACUGACACACUGACUGACUGUGACUGACUGACUGAGACUGACUGACUGACUGAGACUGACUGACUGUGACUGACUGAGAGACUGACUGACUGACUGAGAGACUGACUGAUUGACUGACUGACUGACACACUGACUGACUGACUGUGACUGACUGAGAGACUGACUGACUGAUAGACUGACUGACUGAGACUGACUGACACACUGACUGACUGAGACUGACUGACUGACUGAGACUGACUGACACACUGACUGACACACUGACUGACUGAGACUGACAGACUGACUGAUAUACUGACUGACUGACAUACUGACUGACACUGACUGACUGAUAUACUGACUGACACUGACUGACUGACAUACUGACUGACUGACAUACUGACUGAAAUAGGGGAGUUUUUUUCAGCUGCAGGGUUAAAACGUGGGAACAUGGCACCCAGACGACUUCAUUGAGAUAAAGUGGGUAUAGAGUCCCAUUAACCCAAAAUAUAGUGGCUUAGAGCUGGAGGGUCUACCCCCUUUUGCCUGCUGUUUGUAUGACGUAUGUAUUAAUUGACCUCUCUCUUUGGUUCUCCUGAGAGGUAUGAAGUUCUCCUGCUCUGUGUGACUGCCUCUGCAUCCUGAAACUGGAUCUGAACUCUCUGACUUGUGGUCGUCAUCACGCUCCUUUUUUAAGGUGACUGCACCCAUCAAAAUCCAUAUAAACACACUGGGUCUGCUCUUGGUGAGAAAUGUGGGAAUCAAUUCAAGUAUAAAUAAAGCUGAUGGUGAGAAAAAGUUAUACCUUGCUAAAUAAAUGUAUAGAGCUAAAGAAAUGUUGCUACAUGUAAUGAGGCUGGAAUUUUUACUUAGUGCCAGUAAGGUCCUGGUGGAUGGGAGCAGAUGGGUGCCUAAGCCAGCAAUGUUAUCUGUUUGCCCUUGGUCUACACCGCACUUAUGCCGGGAGAGAAUGCACUUCUCCUCUGCACAAAGAUCUGGAAACUCCACGAUUCGCUGCAUAAUCUCACACAUAAGGGAACGCAUGAGGACAGUAAAUAUCUCACUGGGAUCCCUGUGUAUAUAUAACCCGAGUCCUACGUAUGUGCUACAUGUAGUGAUUGGCAUCUGACCUCCCACAAAAUGGUGGGGCCUGUAUAGACACUUUCUUCAUCGUCAUGCUUUGUUCUUCAGAUAUCAGUUUGUGCCGUUGGCUAAUAAGGCCACAAACAAUUUGUAAACACUGUGGUGGAUCACCAGAUUAUCACCGCCAGAUGUUCCCAUUCCCUCAGUGGUUAUAGCUCUCCAGAGUAGCUUAAAGGACCACUAUAGGCACCCAGACCACUUCAGCUUAAUGAAGUGGUCUGGGUGCCUGGUCCAGCUAGGGUUAACACAUUUUUUUUAUAAACAUGGCAGUUUCAGAGAAACUUAUGUUUAUAAAUAGGUUAAUCCAGCCUCCAGUGGCUGUCUCUUGACAGCCGCUAGAGGCGCUUGCGUGCUUUUCACUGUGAAAAUCAUUAUGAAUGCUUUCCUAUGAGACUGGCUGAAUGCGCGCGCAGCUCUUGCGCAUUCAGCCGAAGAGGAGGAGUAGAGCUCCCUGCCCGGCGCUGGAGAAAGGUAAGAUUUUAACCCCUUCCUCUCCCCAGAGCCCGGCAGGAGGGGGUCCCUGAGGCUGGGGGCACCCUCAGGGCACUAUAGAUGGAGUGUUUUCCUGGCACUAUAGUGGUCCUUUAAGUGAUUAUAGCUGUAGACGUAUAGCCCCCCUCCCCCUCCAAUACAUUUGACAACUCUUAAUACAGGGAGUGGAACUGAUUUAUUGAACCACAGCACAAACCUAUAUAGAAGUAAUCACAACAGGGGGUCAUCAAACAAAACAAGUCACUCCCCGGAAUCUUGGUGUCUAGGACAUAUUUAGAUUAAGACUCCAUAAUUGAAUUACCUGCCUGACACUAAUAGCUGCAAUAACUUAAAGGAACACUAUAGGGUCAGGAACACAAACACCAUCUAGUCCCCCUGGCCCUCCCCUUACUCUCCUAAAUAUAGUAAAAUCUUACCUCUAUUCCUGUUUGCUGCUGGUUCUACCUCCGAUCUGCCUGCUUGGCUGACAUCAGCAGAAGUGUUGAUAUCAGCUAAUCACAAUGCUUUCCCAUAGGAUUGGCUGAGCAUGCCAAGUAGGCAGAUCAGGGGCAGAGCCAGUAUAAGCCAAACACAGCCCUGGCCAAUCAGCAUCUCCUUAUAGAGAUAUAUUGAAUCACUGCAUCUAUAUGAGGAAUGUUGUCAGUCACACUGCGCAGCACUGCCCCAGGAAGCACCUCUAGCAGCCAUCUGAGGAGUGGCGAAAGAAGAUAUCCCUAGUCUAUAAUGUAAAAAUUGCAUUUUCUCUGAAAAGACAGUGUUUACUGAAAAAAGCCUAAAAGGAAUGAUUCUACUCACCAUAACAAAUGCAAUAAGCUGUAGUUGCUCUAGUGACUGUAGUGUCCCUUUAAUUACCUUACCUUCAGUUUUACAUUUAAACAAUAACUCAAUAAUGACAGAGUAAGAUGACUUAAAUAAUAACUUAAUAAAAUAAGUUCACAGGCCCACUGUCACAAUGAUUAUUGUCUUUUAUGGGUGAGGUGAAGGACUACAAUUCCUGGGUGACCGGUUGGUCUGUCACAUACACAACUAGAAAUCCCUGAAUUUGUCUUAAGACUUUCCUUACUUAGACACUUAGAAGUGUCUUCAAAAUGUCCCGAUAACCUACGCUACCUGGAGAGGUAAGACAGACAGAGGUCUUCUUUCAAGAUGUUUUCUGGACAUGGCGAUUUACCGCCAGCAAUGUAUCUGUCACAAGCCUGCCUGCAGCAUAACAAUGAAAAGAGCCGUGGACAAAGGAAACAUGUUUUAUAAGCAGACAAUAGACUUGGAACCUCCGGUUUGCUUUUGUAAUAAAGGAACAACUGUUUUUUAAUUAGCGUGACAUGCCUAAAACUGGGCAGAAACUCACACGUAGUUUUGCUUACUCUUCUUUCCAACCCAGUGUAGAAAAUGUUCUGUUUAUAUUUAAAACGCUUGUAGGAGGGAUAGGGUUUUUUCAUUGCCCCCAUUGCAAUGGGAGAAAGUGUGUUUUAAUUAUCAUUGUUAUGUAGAACAUUUUACAUAUGUUCUCUGACCCUCUGUCUUCUUUUCCUUCUAGGCAGACGUGAUGAGCGAUCAGAGGGAGCGGACAUUCGUGUGGGUUCAUCCGCCCUCUGAUGAGGAGACACCUGAAAGACCUUAUGCCGGUAAGGGGAAACACAAAAUCUUUCUACCCACAGAAUGGAUGAUGAGGGAGAGGGUGUGUGUAGAACCAGGUGUAUAGAUGAGCCUGAAAGAACUGUGUAAAACCAGAGAGAUGGAUGGAGGAGAGGGUAUGGGUUGAACCAGGUUGAUGGAUGAGAGUGAAAGGACUGUGGGUAGAAUUAGGGAGAUGGAUGAGGGUGAAAGGCCUGGGUGAAAGGUAGAACCAGGAUAAUGGAGUGGGUUAAAGAACUGUGGAAAGAACCAGGGAGAUGGAUGGGGGAUAAAAAGACCAUGGGUAAAACCAGGGAGAUGGAUAAGGAUUAAAGGUCUGAGGGUAGAACCAGGGGGGUGGGUGGGAGAUGCAUGAUGGAUGAGAAUUUGGUGGGACAUGGAUGACCCAUGAAGGUGCAGAUUGAGGCCUGUAUUUACUGAUUAUUCCAAUUCCUAAAUGCUCUUCCUGCAUAUUCUGGCUGCACUCUUUACUCCCUGUGACAUCAUGCUAAUUUUAACCUGUUAAGCCAUUUAUACGUACACUUCAGGAGUAGAACAUAUUUUCUUGUUCUUUCUCUUAUUGUUUUUAAUUGGGACUUUUGGAAUAUCGAUUUUCUUUGGUUUUUUUUCAUAGAGGGCUUUGGCCCAAUUAAUGGCGAUGAAGAGAGUGCUGUGUUUAUCGAGCAGUGUGGGGUGCUCUUGGACUGUCAUGAUGAUGUUUCAGAGUCAGCUCCUGGUGAAGAGAGCGAGGAGAGCUUAUUUGACUCCGAUAAGAAAGACCUACUCUCUAGUAGUCCGUCUGUGAAGCCAGGCACCAGUGGCAAGAGCGCCAGCAAGCUAUCCAAUAUCAUCGCCCAUCUUCAGAACUUGGCGAGUGAGCGGGAGUCUACACGGAGAGAGACAAUAGUGGAGGACUCAGGUGGGUUUCAGAUGGGAAAUAGUCCUUACACCUUUACCAACGAGGGAAUGGCCUUUGAAGAACAAACAGAAAGUCUAGCUUCCGCAAGGGCUCACUCGCACUCUUCAGAUCAAAGGCUAAAGGCAUUUAAAGCCAUAAAAAUCCUACAGGACACGGACGCAAAAGACAAAAAGUAUAUUUGUGUAGAGUGUGGAAAAACGAGUCGUUAUAAAUCUGCUUAUUUGCGGCACAAGCGAACGCACACAGGUGAGAAGCCUUUUAGUUGCACAGAUUGUGGGAAAUGUUUUCGGAGAAGCUCCCAGCUGGUGACUCACCAGAGAAUUCACACUGGUGAGAAGCCCUACACUUGCUUACGUUGUGGCAAGAGUUUCAGUUGCAAUUCCACUUUGGUGACUCAUCAGAGAACCCACACAGGGGAGAAACCCUACACUUGCUUAGAGUGUGGAAAAGGCUUCAUCCACAGCUCCGACUACAAUAGACACCACCGAGUACACCGAGGGGAAAAACGCUACACAUGCAAAGAGUGUGGUAAAAGCUUCAGCCAAAGCUCUUAUCUGGUCAUUCACCAACGCAUUCACACGGGUGAGAAGCCGUUUGUGUGUAACGAAUGUGGGAAGUGCUUUAGCCGCAAUUCAUCACUGGUAACGCAUCAGCGGGUGCACACAGGAGAGCGGCCCUACACAUGCGCCGAAUGCGGGAAGAGCUUUCGUCAAAGCUCCCAUCUCCUCAUCCAUCAGAGGACCCACACACCAGACAGUCACCUGGCACUGCGCGCUAUGAUGUGAGACGUUUUCAAUGUAACUGGGUCUCUGGUGGCCAACAGGGGGUUAUUGGUGCACAGUAGUUGCCCCCCUACCAAAGAUAGCAAGUAUGUAGGAAACUCCAGCAAUGCUCCAUCUACCAAGGGCUACAUCCAUCCCCAGCUAGACCAAGCUAAUGGACUUCUUGGUGCUAAUGGAGACACGUAGGAAAAACACAGUGACUGCCAUUGUAUUCCGUGUAGUUGGCUAAUGUUUCAGGUCAGCCCUGGCCAUCCCACAGCAGUCCCCUAGCCCUCUUCCCUUCUCUAGUCCCUGUCGCACUAUCUAUUUAUACACAAUAGCUAGAUAUUCCAUAAGAGCCCUGUCAGUGGUCUGGCUGUUCCCUGCAUAGCCCUGAUUGCAUGCUUCGGUCGCCAAUCACGAGCCGCUCGUAGUGUUUGCUAUCUUAUUAUGUUUAGGAUUUUGGUUGUUUCAUUUAAAAUGUGUUAAAUGAGAAAAUUGAUGUGUGUUUCUUCGUCUUGCCGCCUUGCUCUGUUUGUCAUCCUGGCCUUUAAGUCAAUAUUCCCUUACCCUCCUAUUAGGAUGUAGUAAGACCUGACUUCAUUAACACGGCUUAAUCUAAAUUCAAAUGGUUUUAAUGGCUCUGGCAGCGGGGUGAGACGUGCUUUGUCACACCAAAAUAUAUUUCCAGUAAACUCUGAGUGAUUUCUGCUUCUUGUGUAAAGCAACCCUCUAUCCCAUACGCUCUGUGCUCAUAUUAUGUGCCCCGUAUACACAUCAAUGAGCAUGUAUCUUGUGUAUAUAUACAUGUUGCACUAUUCCAGAUGUUCUAUAGAUCGGUCUAUCCCAUAUACACACUGCGCUAAUCCUAACUAUCCCGUAUACACACUGCUCUAAUCCUAACUGUCUCGUAUACACACUGCUCUAAUCCUAAUUGUUUUGUAUACACACUGCUCUAAUCCUAACUGUCUCGUAUACACACUGCUCUAAUCCUAAUUGUUUUGUAUACACACUGCGCUAAUCCCAACUGUCCCGUAUACACACUGCGCUAAUCCUAACUGUCCCGUAUGCACACUGCGCUAAUCCUAACUGUCCUGUAUGCACACUGCGCUAAUCCUAACUGUCCUGUAUGCACACUGUGCUAAUCCUAACUGUCCCGUAUGCACACUGUGCUAAUCCUAACUGUCCCGUAUGCACACUGUGCUAAUCCUAACUGUCCCGUAUGCACACUGUGCUAAUCCUAACUGUCCCUACAGUUGAGGAAAUAGCUAAAAUGACAAUGAAGG